AUGGUGGACUUUGAAGACAUUUUCUCCUUUGAGAUCUUCUUCAUCAUCCUUAGAGAAUCUUUGGAAAUUAUCAUUAUUGUCUCAAUCUUAUUAGCAUUCUUGAAACAAUCAUUGAUUUUACAUCAUUCAAGAGAUAGUGUUGCAUCUAGCUCUGAUGAAUUGAAUAACGAAGAAGUGGAUUUACUUCUAGAUCAACAAGAUGGUGCAGGUGCAGGUGCUACUACUAGAUACCCAGAUGAUAAUGUUGAAGGACUUACAGAGACUGGUGAAAAAUUAUAUAAACAAUUUAGACUACAGAUUUGGUCUGGUAGUUUAUUAGGAUUAUUCGUAUCAUUAAUCAUUGGUGGUAUCUUCAUUACUGUUUUCUAUUUAAUUGGUACUGAUUUAUGGUCUUUAAGUGAACAUUAUUAUGAAGGUUCUUUAAGUUUACUUGCAUCUGUUGUUAUUUCAAUUAUGGGUUUAUUCUUCCUAAGAUUAUCAAAAUUAAAAGAAAAAUUUAGAGUUAAAUUAGCAAAUAUAUUAAUAAAUAAAACUCCUGAACAAAUUGCAAGUGACAAAAGAUCAAAAUUCAAGAUAUAUGCUGAAAAAUAUGCGUUAUUUAUUUUACCAUUCAUUACAUGUUUAAGAGAAUCUUUAGAAGCUUUUGUCUUUAUUGGAGGUGUUGGUGUUGGUCAACCAUUAAGUACAUUACCAUUAUCAUCAAUCUUAGGUAUUGCAGUAAGUGCAAUUGUUGGUGUUUCUUUAUAUAAAAGAACUGAAUCUUUUUCAUUAAAAGUUUUUUUAAUUUCAACAACAUGUUUACUUUAUUUAAUUGCAGCUGGUCUUUUCUCAAAAGGUAUAUGGCAAUUUGAAUUACAAAGAUAUAUCAAUUUAUGUCAUGGUCAAGAUAUGUCAGAAGUUGGUUCUGGUCCUGGUUCAUAUGAUGUAACAAAUUCAGUAUGGCAUGUUAAUUGUUGUAAUGGUGAAAUGGAUGGAUUAUGGAUGCUUUUCACUGCAAUCUUUGGUUGGACAAAUAGUGCAACUUAUGGUUCAGUAAUAAGUUAUAUUGUUUAUUGGAGUAUUAUAAUUUUCACAUUAAAAAAUUUACAAUUUGAAGAAACAAAUGGUUAUUUCCCAUGGGUACCAAUUAAAUUUCAGAAAAAAAGAUUAUUGAAAAAAUAUAAUUUCUUAAAAGAUCGUCAAAAAAUUUCAAAUAAAAAUACUUAUAUUUCAAGUCAUUUAUUAUCAAAUAAUCAAUAA